GGUGGGCUUGUCAUGAUCAGCCUCCGCUGGUGGGAUCACCUGCGGGCCGGCAGCUCCGAGGUGGACUGGUGCGAGGACAACUACACCAUCGUGCCCACCAUCGCCGAGUUCUACAACACGAUAAGCAACAUCUUAUUUUUUGUUUUGCCACCUAUAUGUAUGUGCUUAUUCCGACAAUAUGCAUCCUGCUUCAACAGUGGAAUAUAUUUAAUAUGGACCCUGCUAGUGGUGGUUGGAAUUGGAUCGGUCUACUUCCAUGCUACGCUUAGUUUCCUGGGUCAGAUGCUCGAUGAACUUGCUAUUCUCUGGGUUCUGAUGUGUGCUCUGGCCAUGUGGUUUCCCAGAAGAUACCUGCCCAAAAUAUUUAGAAAUGACAGAGGCCGAUUUAAAGCAGCAGUAGGGAUCCUUUCUGGAGUCACGACUUGCCUUGCCUUCAUUAAGCCGGCCAUCAAUAACAUCUCGCUGAUGACGCUGGGCAUUCCCUGCACUCUGCUGCUAGUUGCAGAGCUUAGAAGGUGUGAUAACCUGCGAGUGUUCAAAUUGGGACUCUUUUCUGGUCUGUGGUGGGCAUUGGCACUUUCCUGCUGGAUCAGCGACAAAGUAUUCUGCGAGAUCUGGUCCUCAUUUAACUUCCCCUAUUUGCACUGUGUCUGGCACAUCCUCAUCUGCCUUGCCUCUUACCUGGGUUGUGUCUGUUUUGCCUAUUUCGACGCUGUCUCGGAGAUCCCUGAACAAGGCCCUGUCAUAAAGUUCUGGCCCAGUGAGAGAUGGGCGUUCAUUGGUGUUCCUUAUGUCACCCUCCUCUGUGCACACAAGAAAUCGCCACUGAAGAUCACAUGAAGCUUCGUAUGCAGAGAAGAGACCACAGAACUAUUUAUUACUGUUUUUCUCUCCCUCGGAAAACUCCUGUGAUUCUGUUGAGGGGGAGCCACAAGGACCAUUUUCUGUUCCUGACAGAACCACCUUUUGUUCAGGUGGCUUUGGAGCGUCUGUAUUCAAAAUCUGUGUUAGCACUAGGUUGGGUUUUAUCUGGCCCACCUUGAAUUUCUGACAUGGAAUUCUCUGGAUGCUGUACACAGGAGGAGACAUGAUGAGAAAAGCAUGGCUGCUCCCCAAACCAGCAGUCUUACGUUGUCUCUCGUCUCCUCCUCUCUUGACUUGACAGAACACUUGACCUUGCAUUGGAUCACUGAGCUCUGAUUUCCCCAUCCUUCCUUGAGUUGCUUUUAUUGUCUGCUACUUGCAGCAGGACAGCUUAAAGUGUACUGACUAGGGAUGGGAAUGAACCAUAAAACUCCAGUUUGGGGCAGGCCCGGAACUGAGCCAAAAAUGCCCCAGACUGAACCAGCCAGUUCAGAUCCCCCUUUCUCCUGGCUGUGCUUCGGAGCGGGGGGGGGGGGAGGCAAAACCGACCAGUGAAAUAGAUCACAGCCACUGAAGCCUAACAGGUCAUCUGUGGAUCCAUGCUGCUCAGCUGGUAGGUUUAAAUGGCCCAAACAGCUGAACCGGACAAAAGUCUGGUAACCCCAAACUUUGGUUCGGGGGCUCCAAAAUAGGCCAAGUUGGUGCCGACUUUUGGCUCGUGAACCGGUUCUUGCCCAUCCCUAGUACUGACAUCAUGUCAUCCAUUUCAUUUUCUUUCCUCUGAUGGCAUUUAGAGGGGGGAGUGGGAACAGGGCUGCUGUUAUCUCCAACAGACAUGCAGAUCUGAGAAUGUCUAACUGUAUUUCUUACAGACUUUGAGGGUGAAUUUAAACUUGCUGUUUCAUUGUGACUGGGAGAUACAAUUGUGAGCUUCAGCUACUAUUGAAGGGUUUUAAUACUACCAGCUUGUGGUUACAUGCCUUUGCCCCGUCUCUAUUUAUACUUACCACAUGACUACAAAUCCUUUCUCACCUCUGGUUAGAAGUUCCUGGGGAAACCAAAUAGAAACUCUUAAAGAAGUAAAGAAGCCAGUCCCUUUCU